AUGAGGUUAUACAGUAUUAUCUUAAUACUUAGUGCAACUAAUUUGGUAACUACUUUUGUUGUUCUUCCAUACAUCCAAAUUGAUUAUGCACAUCUCAUCCGAGUGGCUCAUUGCAAGGCCAAGUGUUCAGAAAAGUACGGAUAUCCAAAAACACGACAAAACUUGGAUGGCUCAAUAGAUGAAUACUUCUUCGUGGACACUGAUGAAUAUACCAAAUGUGAAAACGGCUGCCUACAAUUCCAACAUAGACGAGAUAUGAAAAGAAGUAAUCUCACCGGAGAAACACUUCAAGGUGCCAAAUUCUGGUUGGAAUCCACCGCUCAGUCAGGAAAAGUUGGGUCAUCACCGGUUUCCUCCGUGGAAUUAUUGUGUCAGAUGCCAUCAGCAACAUCCGAUUUGGACGACUCAUUUGAGGGACUUCUUGGAUUAACAAAAAUCCGGCCAUCUGGUCCAGUACAGUAUGUUGUUCAGUGGAAGCAAAGAACUUAUGCACUUGGAUAUUAUGAUGAGAGUCAAUGGAUUACUGCCUCGGUGGAAGCUGACAGUAUGAUUAAAGUUGAUGGCAUGAUACCUGGUGUUCAAUACAAAUUCCUUGUCACCAUUGUAGGUCCAGCUGGAAAACUUGGAGAUACAAUUCAAAGCGAGUGGACUGAAAUUUCCAAUAUUCUCAUAGUGAAAUCUCCGGGGUCACCUUUAAUUGUCAAAAAUGGUUUUAAUUCCGAACAAGGAGUCGUUGCACAUCUCCAUUUUCCGAGGACCGCAUAUGACAGUUGCUAUUUCCGGCUACAAGUCAAAAAUUCAACAAACGCAGUUGUCGCAGAUCUCCGAGUUGACCCUACAUACUCUAUUCUUCUUUCUCAUCUGGAGUUUGACUCUUCUUAUGCAGUGACACUUUCUGCUCUCUCGUCAGAUCAGAACACUGCAACUUCACCAAUAUCCGUCAGAUUCAACUCAUUCCAGUGCAAACAAGUUUACGGAAAAGGAAGUCUCCAAUGUGCACCAGAACCCGUCUCCAACAUCAGAGUUGCAAUUGAAGCCAAUUCUACAGCAAUGAUUUCCUGGACUGCAUCCGCUGAACCCGAAAACAUCCUAACCUACGCUGUGACGUACCAAGCGUACCUUGGACCAUGCAAUAAAGAUCCAACAACAGUGUACCUACCUGCUCCAUCAACAAGUUAUGAGAUGCCUCUCCCACGAGAUGUCCACUGCGAGUUUAUGUUCCGCAUCACAAACUAUGAUGCAAUCGGUCGAGAAGCGUUUGCUGAGACGAGAAUCGCCGUGAUGCAGGAAAAAUUGAUCAGUUCUUCAUUCAAAAUUCCACUUAUUGCCGUUGGAGUAUCAUUUACUUUCCUCAUCCUCGCAGUUCUAUGUUUCGCCGUCUGCAGAUGUUGCAACAAGUGUCCUGUGAAAGUUGCGGAAAACAAAACUAAACUUACCGAUUAUGCCUAG